CUCGGCCCUCGCCCCCUGCCGCGCUACUCCGCGCAGCCGCGCCUGCCGCCGCCGCGCCGCGCAGCCUGCCCGCGCACCCCGAACAUACACCACUUACUUAUUUCAUCAACGACGAACAAUUAAAACGCAAUGAAAACCUACUUUCUGGCCACAAGACAGAUACAAUAAACUACGAUGAACUUUGCCCCGUUCACUGGGCAUAUUCCGACGGCGGCAGCGAUCCCUACUAUCCACCAGUUCGCCGCAAAGUUUGGAUAUGAAGGUGGCGGGAGCAGCUCGGGCGGAGUGGUGCAGGAGACGCGCUACCAGGCGUCGGGCAGUGGCGGCGGCGUCCAGUUCGCGGUCACGCCGGGGACCGGCACCAUGGCCGUGGACGGUGUCAAGUUCCGCCAGGCGGAGAGCGUGGUCGUAGUCAGCAGUGCUCAGCCUGGCACGGUGGCGCUCGCUGGUCUAGCGCCCAUACACACAGGUGAGGUGAACACGGGCGUCAAGUACCAGACCAUAUCGGCGUCGUCAUCAGUGAACCUGGGCAACAUCGCAUACGGGGGGCAAGCGAGCUACGUGCAAGCGGAGACAGUUCACCAGCACCUGAAGGCGGAGCAGCGCCCUGAGAAGCGCGAGUACAGGGAGGAACUGCAUCACGACAUCAUGGCUACUAUGAUGCAGCAGCAUCAAGGCAUCAAUGUAGCGCAAGCGACGCCACUACAGCAGGGCACUCAACAGCUCCUGGUUGUGUUACACGAGCCCAAGGAAGCGGCAGCCAUAGCGAGAGCUAUCAAGCAGGAAGGUCGCAACGAUCGCGCCGGAGCUACUGCCCCCGCUGAAUUUAUCAUAUCGUGUGCGUCAGGCAUCGGGGAUGUGACAGACAGCUCGACGUGGCAGACCCUUGGGGGUGGCGUGGCUGACUACCUGUCGGCACUGCCGCUGCCCCUGCAUCAUCUCCUCAAGUAUUCCACUCCUGCGAAUGUGGUGGAGAGCAAGAGAGAGGAACAGCCUACUAUUGUGACGACGGUUAAUGCUAACGCGUUGAAUGCUAUGCCUACUAUUGCUACGAUGCCAGCGAACGCAGUGAACAGCGUGGUGGUGCAGACUGCGACGAUAGUCAACCAGAACACCAACACCAUCGUCAUGUCCAAGAAGAAGAAGAAAAAGAAAUCCAUGAAAGAGAAGAAACCGCGACCGAAGCCGGGGGAGAUACGACUCACUACGGCUUUAGAUGGCAGCACGUUGUACUGUUGUCCAGAAUGUCACAUGGCGUACCCCGAGCGAGAGUUGUUAGAACAGCAUCUAGUCGGACACACCAUGGAGCGAAGGUUUAUCUGUGACAUCUGCAACGCUGCUCUAAAGCGUAAGGACCAUUUGACUCGCCACAAACAGUCGCACAACCCGGAUCGGCCGCACGUGUGCUCGGUAUGUCUCAAGGCGUUCAAGAGGAAGGAACAACUGACGCUGCACUUCGUCAUACACUCGGGGGAGAAGAGGCAUGUGUGUAAUGAGUGUGGGAAAGGUUUCUACCGCAAAGACCAUCUUCGCAAGCACACCCGCUCCCACAUAGCUCGUCGCGUCAAAGCGGAGAUGUCUCAACAAGGCUCGUCGUCAUCAUCCCCGCCGCUCUCACACGCCGUGCCCGCGCCCGCGCCCGACCCCUCCUGACCGCACUCCGACGACAAGAACUCGAACGACCUCCUCACUCUCAUCGCAGCUGCUAAGGACGCUUUUUAAGUAGGUGGGUAAUGAUGGCUCUAAAUGUUGGUGUCUAUAUUCGUGCCAACAAACUAACUUCCAAUAAAAGAAGUGGAUUUUUUGUAUUAACACA